AUGGGCAGUUUACGACAAAAGCUGCGAAAUGUAUUUUCCUGGCAGCACGACGAUUAUACGUUCGAAUCUAUUGACGAGGUCGUGCAGGCAGCAAAUCCGCCACAAAACCCUUCAGAUGUAGCGAACGAAAACAAAAGUGGCAAGUUUCUUAAAGGAUCCUCUUCGAAGAUGGCGGCUGUCCCGUUGAAGGGUGUUGGAAAUCGAACGGCAAAAAUCAAUAAGAAGCGAUUGAACCACGUAAAUAUUGCCAGAAAUUCUUCGAUAACCUCAGCACAGUUGAAUGCUGCUGUCCCUCUGGUGAACAUAAGGCGAGCCCCGUCCGAUAGAUCGGUGCUAUCGGAAUUCGAUAGGCAGAUAGUGUCGGCAUCGAGCCAAAGACCGGUUAACCGGCCGAUAACGGUUGCUGUUCCAGGUACGUCCUCCAUUUCAGGGCGCUCCGAGGUUUCGAAAGUAUCCAGCCGUGGCAGCACGUCGGCUCCUUCAACGAUUACGAGUCCUUCCGAGCCAGGUUUAGUUGUGGUACGUAGGGCACCACCAGCUCCCGGAGCCAACAGUGGCGAAAACGCUAAAAUACUAACGCGACCGACAAGGAGCCAACCAAAUCGCUCCUCCGCCGUUCCGGAUCGUGCAUUUAUCAAGAGAAAACCACUUCUGAGUGGAUUCGGAAGGCAGAGAGGCCAAGGUCCGUCGGGGACGAAACAUCAGUCAUCGUCUUCGUCAUCGUCGACGGCGGCAUCCCCCGGAUCCGGUGCCCUCGCUAGGGAUGCUGGGACAGGUGGCAUCACUAGCAUCGGUGGUGCCGCGGCUGGUGGUGGUUUGUCGGCCAACGGUGGCGGUGCCCUGCUGAAGAGUGCCGCAUCCGUCUCAAGCUUAGAGUAUUCGAUCGGUGCGAAGCCCGCGCAAUCAACCCGUGGUGGCGGUGGCCUGCUGGGACCGCAGCAACGUUUCAACGGAUCCCGGGAGAAGCUGGACCACUCGCACCAUCAUCACCAUCACCAUCAUCAUCACCAGCAGCAGCAGCAGUACCCGCACCAUCCGCAACACACCCGGACGGCCUCGGCGUCGCAGAUGGCACAAAUGGCACAGCAUCAUCACCCGAGCGGCACCGCCUCGACGAACCAUCUGAACAAAUUCCCUUCCGGAGGCGACGGAGGAUUGGUGGUACAGGAGCGUGCCGUCGAUGCCGGAAGCGGAGGAAUGAGUGCGAGCAUGGAGCAGUUAACCGCGAUCAGUUUCGCGGGGCCAGAGCAACUGGCGGCGGCGGUAGCAGUAUCACCCGGCAAAAGUAGUAGACGCGUAGCCGAACUGCAGUCGCAUCUGGAGAAGCUUCAAACAGAAAACCGUCACCUGGAGGAGAAGGUACACGAGAUGACCAACUGCCAGGAGGAGUUGUUGCUGUUGCGUGACGAAAUUGUUAAACUAAAGGCAUCGCACGAGCAAAGUAACAGCGAGCUGCACCGUUUGCUAAACGAGAACGAAUCGCUCCGGGAUCGGUUGAAAACCGUCGUCCAGUCGCCGCUGUCCGACUCGGAAAAGCAGCAGCUCAUACGCAACACGCAGCGGUUGCACAGCUCGGCACCGGCCUCAAUCGCCCUGCCCAAUAAUAUGGACGCGGAUGGAACACCGUGCGUUACGCCCGAUUGGGACAAGCAAUCGUCGAGCAGCGAAAUUGCCGUGGCUUGUUUGCAGGAUAAAAUCAUUCAGAUGGAAGAAACCCAUUACUCUACGAAUGAGGAAUUGCAAGCCACGCUUCAGGAGUUGGCCGACCUCCAAUCGCAGAUAAUGGAACUGCAAACCGAUAACGAGCGGCUGGUGGAAGAAAAGGAUGUCAUUUUCCAAUCGCUGUGUCGCCAGACGGAAAAACUGGAAGACUCCCGCACGCAGAUCGGUACAUUGCAGAAACUGCUGCUCCGUGAGCCGAGCCCCCAGGACGCUACACCCACGGACCGGGAGCAGAAGCUGGUCGAUCUGCUAAAGAGUGCCCAAGACGAGCGGGAAGGGCUGAUGUUGAAACAGGAGGAGCUCAACGGUGAGCUGCACGAGCUGAAGGGAAUUCUUGACGAACGCACGGCCGAAGUUUCGCGUGCCCGGGCGCGCGUUAGUCUGCUCGAGUCGUCGCUGGAUGCCGCCAACGCAGAGAAGAAGGACGUGAACGGCCAGCUCAUGGAGUCGAAGGAGGAUGCUUCGGUGAAGUUGAUUGAGAUAAGUCGAUUGACGACGCUGCUGGAGAAUGCACGGGCAAAGAUUGAUGAGCUCGAGCAGGACCGUGCCAUGGGCGAUAAAACGGAUCUUGAGGAGCUGCUCGAUGCCGCGAGGAAAGAAAAAGAUCAGCUCGAGACACAGGUUGCGUCGCUGCAGGAGCAGGUUUCGAUCAGUCAGUGCGAAGUGCAGAAGCUGAAGGAUCAGCUGGCGCGCCUCAACGAGGAGUGCAAGGUCGUGCGAAAUAACGCCAAAUGUCUUAUCUCGGACUUGGAGUACAAGAAUGAAACCGUGAUCCAGGAGAAGCAAAAGAUAGCAACCGAUUUUCAGCAGCUGCAGGAAUCGGUUAACGAGUUGCAGAUUCAAAACAAAUGCCUCCUGGAGGAUAAAUGCCAACUUGAAACGCUGUUUUCCGAAACGCAGAAGCAUCUCGGUGAAACCGAGCGUAAACUGAUGGAAAAGACUGAGGAACUAAACCAAGAAUCUAGGCUUAGGAAGCAGGAAGCGGACGAGUGGGAGCACUUCCAGUCCGAUCUCCUGAUGACGGUACGAGUGGCGAACGACUUUAAGACUGAAGCACAAAACGCACGCGAAAAGCUAGCCUUAGACAACAAGGCACUGCGGGAGAAGGUGCGCGUGCUCGAGCAGCAGAUCGAACAACUCAACAAACAGUCCCUUAAAGGUAUGGGAAACGCAGAUGAUGUACAGUUGAGCUACGAACGUUUGAACGUACUCAAACAGGAUCUUUAUGCUUCGACCGAAAACCUUAACAUGUUCGACCGGAAUGUGGAUGAAUUUUCACAACGUGUUCAAUUGCUUCGUAAGCAAAUGUCCAGUUUUUCAUUCGAUCGUAAACUAACACAAACGAGCGAUGCUACUGUCGCACCUGCCGCAGACAACUGGCAGCUUAAAGUAAAGUCUACCGUUCCUCCUCCGGCACUACAAGAUUCUGAUUCGGAUGUACCACCGCCACUACCAAAAUCGAAACCACCCAAAAUGGUUGUACGCUUUGCCGAUGCUGCAUCGAGUGUUGAGUCCUCCGAGAGCCACGACUUCAGCGAAUCCGACCUGGAUGAAUCGGAACUGAUGCCCACGCCACGAAAAGCAACUCCGUUCGGCGAUGAACAGCAAGGUUACACGCCGACGUCCGAGACCGGAAGUGGCAGUGCGAAUGAUGACGAUUUGUCCGACGAAGCUGGUGAAUAUCGUGUCAAUCCACCCGCAUUCCGGCCAAUCGCGGCAUCAUUAAGCACGGAAAGCUUAACAACAAACAGCUCCUUUGCGCUGUUUAAACCGAUUCCACGGUUUGCUUCAAAGAGCACACAAGAUUUACGUUCCACGGCUCGUGGCGAAGAUUUCGAAGCGAGUUCACAGCGCUAUCACGGACAGCGUGGACUCGCAUCAGCAAACUUCGGAUCCGGAUUGUUUUACUCGAAAAGCACCGACGAUCUUAUUCUUCCGGACAUUGAUCGAAUGUCGCAGAAGCCUUGCUCGAAUUUGAGUAAAUUUCGUAAAUUUCGCUACGAUCGAUCGAUCAGUGGCUCGAGUCUUAAUAAUCUAGCCAAAAUGGAACGUCUCGAGUUGGCUCCGAGACACGGUGAGGAAACCACGGCCAAUAUGCAGAGGCAGCUUGACACGAACGCAUUGCGCGCGUAUCGAACGGAGGGCUUCGAGUCGCGUAAGAAAGCAACAGAGAGCGUCCGAAAAGGUAGCAAUCAGCUGCAAUUGACUACGAAUUUUCUUAACGCUCAGAACGAACCGAAAGCAGAGAUACGUAAACCUCAGCCGUUACCCCGAACGGACAGUGAGCAAAGCCUUGCCAUGGGGCAAAAGACAACGAUCGUUUACGUCAUCGAUGAAGAAACGAAUCAGUUUGUGCUGGAGGAAGAGCUGCGAAGGCGCAAGCAUGGACAAAUGGCCAGAGAUUUAAAACCUGCAGCUACCAUUGCACCGCAACUGCCGUUGAAAACGAACACAAAGUUUAUGCUGAACCGUACUAAGGUUGCAGCUGCUCCGCAAACUUCCGAGUCGUUGUACGAAAAUAUCCCACAUCGUAAAAGUAUUCAAGAGAAGGGUAGUUCAUUUGUGCAUGAUAAGUCUAUGCUGACUUCGAAAGAAUCACAAAAUUCUCUCAUCACCACCGUGCAGCAGGAAAUGGCCGUACGUCGGCAACAGAAGUCCGCCAUCCAGCGGCAAGAUUCGAGGCUAUCGGUUAAGAGUCUUAUCGAGAGUAUUGAGAAUUCAGCCAAACAGACCAAACUAAACUCCGAAUCGCGAUGCAGUUCGAGUUCCAGCAUCAACAGCAUUCCAGCGGAUGCCAACCCAGCCGUUCCAACGAAACAUUCCUCGAUUAGCACUACCAACAAUAACACUAUCAACAACAAUGAAACCAACAGUAUGAGUAACAACGUUGUCAAAAGUCACGUGAAUGGCAAUAAUAAUGACGAGAACAACGUCCUUCAAAUAUCCAUGCAGUCGCCGGCUAUCGUUCAGUCAUCGUUGCCCACCAAAAGCCCGCUGCGGGAGCAGCAGCAACCGACCGUCGGAAGCAAUGUGAACAGCAAUUCCAAACCCAUCGCUUCGGCAGACUCAGUGUUGCUGAUGAAAAAGUCCAACCUUAUCACCAGCAAUAAUGGUUGCAAUGCGGCACUAAACCCUGCAAUUAUAUCCCAUAAAACAAUGGAUUUUGUGAGACGAAAUAGCUACAACGACAUAAGUGAAAGAAAAGACCCCCUGAACGCGCUGGUAAAAAAUGGAGGCUCGAAGCGCAAUGCACUACUGAAGUGGUGCCAGAAUAAAACCGUAGGAUAUCGAAAUAUCGACAUCACAAACUUUAGCUCUUCAUGGAACGAUGGACUGGCCCUGUGCGCCAUCAUGCAUACCUACUUGCCCGACCGUGUGCCCUACGAUAAGCUUAACCAGAACGAUAAACGGCGUAAUUUUAGUUUGGCCUUUGCUGCUGCGGAGAGUGUCGGCAUUCAGACUUCGUUGAACAUUGAUGAGAUGUGCCUUCAGGAACGACCAGACUGGCAGCAGGUUAUGGGCUACGUAACGGCCAUAUAUAAACAUUUCGAAACUUAAGACAACAACGCUAACGUGCAUUCCAUUGCAUAUUUUACCAUUUUUACCGUAAAGGCCUUCAAUUUUGGCUACAUAAGCGCUGCGCCAUUUCACGCUGCUGCAGCUAACGAGCAUCGUAUUCCUCAAGGCUCUAUUUUUAUUUGUUAUUUAUUUUUAUUAGAUUAUCCUCUCGAAUUACUGCGCUAUAUGAACUGGAAAAAAUAUCGAUGUUGUUGAAAUACAUAUAUACAUAU